CACCUCUCAACCUCAACGUCGGGUCCCAAAAGAGGUAGUAGUGCUCAGUCUCGCCAGUCUCACACCACUAGAAGGGAAAACAGACGGGAAUGCCCCCAUUCCUGGCCAAUUCACACGACUCGCGCACUGUUCACUCCGUCCCCAUUCAUGCCAGAAUCAGGCAAGCAGGAGACAGAACCAGCGCGAGAAUGCUGGAAGUUGCAACGGCCACUGCGAGCCGACAACAGCAGAAUUAGUGAAGAAACGCUGAGAUUACCAACAAGUACCACUCGGCACUGCCUCGGGGAGUCAGGGCAACCAGUCAACCCAUCACCAUCCCGCAGACUCUCUUCCCAUCUCCCGUCGGGUCCCCAGACCCGGGUCUGGUUGACAUCUCUCCACUAUACAGUAUACGUUCGCUACAAAUCGCGGCAAGCCAAUUCCUAUCCUGCAGUCCUCGACUCUACUCUAUUCCUUGGCAACAAAUCAUAGCUUUAUAGAGGCUCUAUCCAGGCUUCUAUGCACCUUCCAUCGUUCGUCGGACAAGGACCACUACUACGGUGUCGUCGAUAUAGCUUGGCUCCCAAGCUCUCUAAGGAAGGCUACUCAACCUGCUUGCUUGGCUUACAGCGUGCAUGCCAGCUCCUGAACUCCUGAUUCAAACUUCCGCCGCAUGUCUAAAAGUAUCCUCCGUACCGCCGCCCGUCAUCCGUCCAACCUGGAGGCCAUCCGCUCCACUCCCAUUCUCCGUCUUUGCCCGCUCGUCUCUCCAGUCGUCGCCCUAGCUGUCUUCCACAGCUUCGACGGAUAUUGGCCUCAGUUCUGCCAUCUAAAGUCGUAAACCGAUCUUGCGACAGGCCCAGCGAGUCGUUUGACAGGAUCCUGAUAGGAGGAGCAUUCACCAACUCCUUUGCCUGACUGGCCACUGCCAGCUGGUAGCUGCAUACGCAUCGCAGCAUCGCAUUGAGCCACAACGAGCCGGCCCCCCAAGACGAUUCUCACUUUGCGCACCGGUCGCGCGUGCCUCCGCAUUCUCUUCAAUCUCGAAGCGACCUUCGUUACUCUCUUCUUCGGACUCGGACAUAUCACUGCAGUUCGUUUUUUUUUUGCGAAUGGUUACAGAUACAACGCUGCUCGCUGCCGUCGCCUGUCCGAGCUUAUGCUGCGCAGCUGUCGCCAACACUGUGACUUGGCCCCAAACUACCUACGCGCUCCUCCAAUUUACCUUUCACCCAUAGCAUUAUGGCAGGGUUCUUCAAUAAACUCAAAGGCGCAGGUGCAGGAAGCUCCAAAACCGACAGCAAUGCCUCGUCUAAGAACAAAAAGGACGAGCCGGCGGUGGAAUUGACUCCCCUUGAGAGAAUACUGCAAAAUGCUGGGCCUCUGCGGGAAGACGGAAGCGACAAGUACUUUGGCUUGGAAAAUUUUGGCAACACAUGGUAUGCACCAUCCGGCCGAUGACAGUGAAGUUUUAUGUUGACCCCAGGGAAACAGCUACUGCAAUUCGAUCCUUCAAGCGUUAUACUAUUCGGAACCUUUCCGAGAGAAUGUCGUUAACUACCCGCCUUCAAAUAACACGUCAGAAGGCAAUACGAGCAAGGUCAAAGUCUCGAUACGGCCACCGGUACAAGUCAACGGAAAUGCGGCGACGCCCGGCAAGCAAUUGCCCAAACCGCGGCAAGGGUUCACUCCUGGACCAAUACCGAUGCCAAUAACGCAACCGAUACGACCCGAAGACAGGCCUGAUGCCCCAGAAUACAAGAAAAAGCAGGCCAUGAUUAAAGGACCCGUGUUGGAGUUGACCCAGGAAAAUCCAGAUGCGUACGGCAUGGAGGAAUGCACGUUCACCGGGCUCAAGGAUAUUUUUACUGCUCUGAUUCAAAGCAACUCCAGGACCGGUGUCAUCAGCCCACAGCGCUUUCUGGAUAUCUUCAAGCGCGACAAUGAAAUGUUCCGCAAUUCUAUGCACCAAGACGCACACGAAUUUUACGGCCUUGUAUUGAACGAUGUUAUCUCGAAUGUGGAGGCAUAUGCUAGGCGUAUGCAGGAGAGCAGGAAGGAGAUUGGAACGACAUCGUCUCCAUUGAACCAACAAUCGUCAUCUCCAAGCCUUACGAGGAGCUUGAUGGCAUCCAACCUCAGGACGCCAGAGACAAGCUGGGUGCACGACAUUUUUGAAGGCGUCCUAGUUUCCGAAACCAGGUGCUUGACUUGCGAGACGGUGUCACAACGAGACGAAACGUUUUUGGAUCUCUCAAUCGAUCUGGAAGAGCAUUCUUCGGUAACGUCAUGCCUACGGAAAUUUUCCGCAGAGGAGAUGCUUUGCGAGAGGAACAAGUUUCACUGCGAUCGUUGUGGCGGCUUGCAAGAGGCCGAAAAGAGGAUGAAGAUUAAGAAGCUACCAAAGGUUUUGGCGUUGCAUCUGAAGAGGUUCAAGUAUACCGAGGACUACAGCCGACUCCAAAAGCUGUUUCAUCGUGUCGUCUACCCAUAUUAUCUUCGCAUGUUCAAUACGACGGACGAUGCUGAAGACCCGGACAGGAUUUACGAGUUAUACGCAGUUAUUGUCCAUAUUGGAGGUAACGCCUACCACGGACACUACGUGUCAAUUAUCAAGACCAAGGAUCGGGGCUGGGUUUUGUUCGAUGACGAAAUGGUCGAGCCCGUUGACAAGAAUUUCGUGGCGAACUUCUUUGGUGACAAGCCAGGCAUGGCUUGCGCCUACGUACUAUUCUACCAGGAAGUCACCUUUGAGAAGAUGAGGGAAGAGUUGGAUGCCGAAGGACUAGAAGAGAUGAGGUUAGCCACCCAAGCAGCCGACCUGGCAGCCGGUGCGGAACAAACGAACGGGACCGGAAAUGACUCCUUAACAAAGGUCAACAGUCAGCCGACAGUACCGGUCGAAGACCUUGACCCAUCGACCCCCGGACCCGAGCCUUUCUCCCAUCCUCUAGUUGCGGCACCACCUCCGGCCCCUGCCGUCAUAACGAAGGCGGACGAGGCGGCCACGGUUCCGCCCAAAUCCAAGGAUGAACUUACCAAGGAGAAAAAGGAACAGAAAGCCCAAGAGAAAGCACAGGAAAAGGCCCGAAAAGCCGCCGAGAAAGAGGCAGCAAGGCUCGCAGAAAAGGAGCGUCUCGAGAAGGUCGCAAAGAAGCGCGGAGUACAGCAAAAAGAGCAGGAGCAGCUGGCAAAGGUCAUGCGCGAGAGCAAACAGCUGGCGGCCGAGGAAGAAAAAAGGCGCAAGAAGGAGGCGGCAGCCGCUGAAACAGGCACUAAGAGUGGCCCCAGCAGUCCCAGGCUGUUCAAUCGCGCCGGCCUGGGUGGCAAGUCUCUCUCACGCAAGAGCUUUGCUUUUCUGGGAAAGACCGGCGGUGGUGGUGGUAGUGGUGGUGGUGGCGGUGGCAGCGACAAGUCCGAGAAAAGCAGCGACAAAGACAAGAGUGACAGGGCGGAAAGCAGCAGUACAGAGCAGAGGAGCAACGACAGUAUGACCAGCAACGGCGUGGCUGAGAGCAACGCGAGUAGCCGCGCGACGACUGGUGAUGGUCAUGGUGGCAACCGCUUUGGCGGAUUCUCGCCGUCGUCGCCGUCGUCGCCGUUAUCGCCCACGUCACGAGGACCGAACGGCAUUUAUUCCCACAAUCACCACCUGCCGAGCUCGCCGAUGAGAUCCAUGACGACGCCAGACGGUAUCAAGAGAGACGUGCGAGCGUCUAGGUCAGCCUCGACGUCCUCCAUACUCGGCCCGCCCCCUACGGCUCCGGAGAGGUUCGAGAAGCCGCCGCUGCGAGACCGGUUCAGCUUCAGCAUGGGGAGGAAGAAGAGUUCACGGUUCCUAUCGUAGUGCGAUAGGCCUUUUGGAUGUUUAUCCGGUAGUGGGGUUGGUGAUCUGGAGGCGGUCGAGGAGUGCUCCAACUGUAGUACGAAAAGUCGAGAAAGCAUAGGGAGUAGAUGUAGUGUAGAGGGAUAAGCAGCUAGGGGAAAGGGGGGAGGGGGGAGUAUUGGCGUCUAGGAGCGCUAUUUCUGGGACUGAAGUUGUUGGUGCAAAACCUGCAUUGCAUGAUCGAGGGGUGCGAGGAGUUGUUGAAACCCGCCGCGCCCUUAUUGAUUCUUUUCUGGUGUGGUGGGUGGUGUGAGCUUGUUAGGUUUAAGGGAGCGGAAAUAAACAAAAGUAGACCAAGUAAAGUUAUUGAAAUGAAUUGAACAAAGGUUCGCUGAACCUGUGAACACUUCCGGGUCAGUCAACUGUAUUGUAGACUAGUACAGUACAACCAACCGCAGCUGGGGAAUCAUGUUACCGGACGGUUCCAUAGAAGCAAGAACCCUUCUUAUGGCACCCAGGUACACUGGCGAGAAAUCUAUUAGAGGCGGUAGUAGAGCG